AUCAAACAACCACCAAUACCUUACCGACCGUCACAGCGCUAGCAUAUUAACAAAUAACCCGAUAACAGUUAUAAUUUUCUUAACUUGUGUAAGUGGUUAUUCCUUCGACGCUUCUUCAAAUUGCAAGGAUCUUAACUUCAGAAUGAAGGUUUUAAUAUUCUGCAUGGCCUUUGCGGCUGUGACGCUGGCGAUGCCGGUCGCUGAGGAAAAACCUGUGGCGCCUGUUGCAGCUGAACCAGCCCCAGUAUCCAAAAUUGACGAAGUACAACCUCAAGUAAAAGCUGAUGACGCGGUUGUUGAAGAAAAAAAGCCUGAACAAACAGUAGACACUAAAGAGUCUGAAAAACCACAAGUACCCGAAGUUAAGAGUGCUCCGGUUGAACCGACACCUGAAGAAGUCAAGUCAGAAGCUUCUGUUCCAGCAGCUGUGGUCCCAGAUGUUAAGAUUGAAGCUCCUGAACCUAAAUCAGCAGCGCCUGUUGUUGCAGUUGAUUCAGAGUCUGAUGUUAAGCCAGUAGAGAAACAAUCUGAAGAAGCUAAGCCUGAAGAAAAAAAAGAUGAACCUCAAGUAAAAUCGGUAGUAGUUGAGGAAGUCAAACCAGCAACUGAAGCUAAGGUUGAUGAAGUCAAGGAGGUACCAUCUGUACCUGCACCUAAAUCCGCUUUACUCAAGGAAGCAAUUGAUGUCGUAGCAGCUGUCAAAAAUCCUGCUGCUGUCGCUGAUGAGAUUGUUGCCAUCUCUUCUCCUGAAAAGUCAGAAGAAGCAGUUCCAGCGACAAAGAAUGCCGAACCCAUUUCCGAUGAAAAAAAAGAAGAAACUCCCGUUCCAGCACUAAAAACUAGCCUUGCUGAAGAAAGCAAGCCAUCGGAAACUAAAACAGAGGAAAAACCAGAAAAUGUAGAGGUUCCAGCCACGGCACCUGUUGUAAAAGCAGCACCCGUUGAAAUCAAAUCUGGCGAUGCCAGUUCAGCUUCCGUCGACGAUUCAUUACGAGUAGUUCGCGACACCGUUGACGACAAAAAAGCAGUCGCAUCACCCGCUACAGAAGUCAAAGCGGCUGAACCAUCAGCGGCAGUAGAAGCACCGAAAGAAAGUGAAGAAGAAAAGAAACAAGAACCUAAGGCGGUCGAAACUGUAGUAGCGAGCCAGCCAGCCAAGGAAACGCCCGUCGCAGAGGCCGCAGUAGCCGCAGUAGUUGCACCGAAAUCUAGUGAAGCAGAAUCUAAAACUGUUAAAGAUGAGGAGAAGCCUGUAGGCGAUGCGCCAGCUGACAGCUCAGAGGAGAGCGCCGAGAGCAGUGAAAAGAAGGGCGAUAGCGCGGAAUCGUCAGAGGAGGUCGCCGACAAAAAGGGGAACGAGGGAUCCAAAUCUUAAAUUAGUGAAAUAAGCGCAGUUGGCGGUAGGCGUGUGUCGACAGCGAGCCUCGACACGCGCGUUCCGCCCGGCGAACCGCGUAAGAGUAGUCCCACGUGGCUGCGAUGGCGGUCGCCUACCCGCGUUCCUACGAACGCCACUCGACUAUUCAUUAGACCUAGAGACUUAUUUAAAUAGUUCAGCUGAAAUUACCUACGUUGUAAUUAUAAUUUCACGAAGUAAAUUAUCGAAUUUCCGGUAAUGUAAGAAAUAAACUACUUUUUAUAAUUA